CUCCAAUCGCAUAACCCACGGAUCCUUGUUUGCUACUCCGUAAUUUCUAACUUGGUGGGUGCUGCUGUGCUGCAGCCUUGCGCCUGUUAUUGUGGUUCGUCUUCUUCCGCAGGCUCUCAAGAAAAAACGUUUAGUUCAUACCGAUAAUACGGUGUACCAGAAAAAGAAAAUGGUGGUGAGAAUUCGAUUAUCUAGAUUUGGGUGUAAAAAUAAGCCCUUUUAUAGGGUUAUGGCGGCUGAUAGCAGAUCUCCAAGAGAUGGCAAACAUAUUGAAGUUCUUGGUUACUAUAACCCUCUUCCAGGUCAGGAUGGGCAGAAGCGAAUGGGGCUUAAUUUUGAUAGAGUGAAGUAUUGGCUUUCAGUUGGAGCCCAACCAUCAGAUCCAGUUCAACGAGUUCUGUUUAGAUCCGGGUUACUCCCUCCUCCACCGAUGAUGGCAAUGGGACGAAAAGGUGGGGCACGUGAUACCCGGUCUGUUGAUGCCAUGACUGGACGUAUUUUGUCUCCUGGAAAGCCUAGCAGUUCAGAAGACACUGACAAUCCCAACAUCGAGGAUGCAGAAAUAGUGGAUACCACAACCACUUCAUGAUGCAUGUUUUCUUAGGCUUUUAUUUUUAAUUUGAAGCACAUUUAGUCUCUUGCAGUUAGUAGUACAAGUUUACGUUUAAUUACUCCGUAUGAUAUACUUGGAUUAAUUUGGUACUGUUUGGAUUGCAUUGUGUAUUUGGAGGAUUUAUGGCAAUGCCUGCUCAUUUUUUGUUGUAAA